AUGAGCUUUGCAACAGUUUGUGUAGAGAUUGAUAUAGACUUUGAUUACCCCACUGAAAUUUCAGUAGUUAUUGAUGGAAAUGAGGCUUUGAAGGUUCCCGUGGAGUAUACUUGGAAGCCACCCAAAUGCCAGACCUGUAAAAUCUUUGGACAUUCUGAGUCCAAAUGCCUCCAUGCCAUUCAUAUCAAUGCUGAGGUGAAGAAGAAGGCUCAAGAGGUUAAUCCUCAGAAAUCUGAGUGGGUUGUAAAAGGUUCUAGACAGGAUAAAAAGGGAACUCACAGCAAGACUCAAGAUAUUGUUCAACAAGUUGAUGUUAUGGAGGAGGAGGUGUCCAUUCCUGUGGUUAUGAAGGACUCUAUCAUGGAUGGUGUUUCAGGCAAUGGUGAGACUCAAGUUAAACAGACUUCAAAUAAUGAAGAAAGAAGACUUGUUGCUACUCCUACCCUUUUGAGUAAUCCAGUAAACACUCUUGGACCUUCUGUUAUUUCCAUUAAAAAUUCUUUUGAAGCUCUUCAAGAUGUCUUUAGAGAUAUGGAGGAUGAUCCUGGACCCUCUGAUAACCAAUCUAGUUUGGAGAAUUGUGAUCCUAAUAUUACUGGAGAAGGUACUUCUGGUUCCUUUCUGAUUGGUGGUAAUAGUGCUAGAAUGCACUUUCAAAAGAUAUCUCAUAAUAAUUCAGGAAAUUUACAUCAAAAAGGAACAGAUUUAAAGAAAUCUGCAAGGGGAAUUGUUGAGACUCAUGUUCAGAGUCAUAAUAAAGAUAGAAUAAGAAGGUCUAUUAGGUCUUCAUGGAAGUUUGUUGAUAAUUAUGAUAAGGAUGCUUCUGGUAGAAUUCGGUUAGGUUGGGAUUCUGAAGAGGUUAAUUUAAAUUUGGUUUUUUCUUCUGCUCAAGUGAUGUUUGCUGAGGUUACUACUAGAAGACAGUUAAGUUUUUUGAUCGGUGUUGUUUAUAGUAGUAAUGAUGCUAUGAUUAGGCAACAACUAUGGUAUGAUAUUCAGAAUUUUUCUGCUAGUUUUGGCAGACCUUUAGCCCUCUUUAGUGACUUUAACUCUAUGUUAUUUCCAAAUGAGAAGAUUGGUGAUUCAAAUUCUGAGUUCCUAGAAGCUGGUAUUUCAGAUCAUUCCCCUAUUAUAACCACUAUUUUUGAGAAUAGAGCUCAUGGUCCUCCACCAUUCAAGUUUUUUAAUUUUAUGACUGAGGAAGCUGAGUUUAAGGAGAUUGUUAGUAGAUCUUGGAAUGUUCCAGUUCAAGGAAAUCAUAUGCAUGUAUUUGUCAUUAAACUGAAGAAUGUUAAGAAAUCCAUUAUUACUUGGAAAAAAGAAAAGUUUAGAAAUGUUCCCUUCCAGGUUGAGCAGGCAAAAUCUGAGAUGAAGUCUAUCCAACAACUUGUCCAACAACAUCCUCUAUGUGUUGAUUCUGCUUGCAGAGAAAAGGAGGAUGUCAAGAAUUUUGUUAAAGUUGCUACAUAUGGCGAAUCCAUUGCUAAACAAAAAUCCAGAGUUCAAUGGAUGGAUUUGGGAGAUUCAAACACCCAUUUCUUUCAUAUAUCCAUUAAAGAGAUAUCCUCAAGGAAUAACAUUCUAACUAUUAUGUCUAGAGAUAAUACUCUCCUCCAAGAAGAUAAGGAUAUUGCUAAUGAAUGUGUAGAUUUCUUCUCUUACUUAUUUGACGACUCCUAUAGUUCCUUCAGUGAAGAUGCUUCUGGUUUCAAGGAUGUAAAAUUUGAAAGUAUUUUAACUGAUGUUGAUAGAGAGUUGCUUGAGAAGCCUAUCACUAGAGAUGAUGUGACUGCUGCACUUUCUUCUAUAGGCUCUAACAAAGCCCGGGGUCCAGAUGGAUUCUCUAGUUGGUUUUUCAAAGCUUGCUGGAGUAUAGUGGGUGAUGACUUCACAGUUGUUGUUCUUAAUUUCUUCAAGAAAGGUAAAAUGCUCAAAGAAAUUAACAGUACCUUUCUUACCCUUGUAGCUAAGAAAGUUAAUCUUAAUUCCAUCUUGGAUUUCAGACCCACAGCUUGA